AUGGCGUCUGUGUGGGACGAACUGACUCUUGCCUUGUCCCGCAUGUCCAUGUUUCCCUUUUUUGACGUUGCCCGCUAUCUGGUGUCCCUGAUGGCGAGGAGGCAUCAGCCGGGGGCAGAGGCAGUGGCAAUGAAGAAUCCUCUUUCAAGCUGGUUUACUGCUAUGCUCCACUGUUUUGGUGGAGGAAUUUUAUCCUGUAUACUGCUUGCAGAGCCUCCUUUGAGACUUCUUGCAGACUACACUAAUAUAUUACUGGCAACUUCAAUCUGGUAUGUUGCAUUUUUUUGCCCACGUGACCUAGUUUUCCAGGGCUAUUCUUUCCUACCUGUUCAACUCUUGGCUGCAGGAAUGAAGGAAGUGACCAGAACUUGGAAAAUAGUAGGUGGAGUCACUGAUGCUAAUAGCUAUUACAAAAAUGGCUGGAUAGUCAUGAUAGCUGUUGGAUGGGCCCGAGGUGCAGGUGGUAGCGUUGUCAUGAAUUUUGAACAGUUGGUAAAAGGAAGUUGGAAACCGGAAACUGAAGAAUGGCUGAAAUUGUCCUAAUAGCCAUGAUGCUUACAAAGACUUCCGUUUCGCCUUUUGCUUGUUUGGAGGAUACAUUGGGUCCGACAUUCUUUGGCAGGCAGCAACAGUUGUCACCAUGUGGGAAGAAAAGUGAAGUUAAA